UUAAGAUUUAUAUGAUACACUUAUCUUAUACCAUGAUAAAGAUUAUUGUCCGUGCUAUAAAUUAAUGAUAUCAGAAAAUUAUUAACCUUAAAAUAUCGUAUGUGAAAAUCAUAAUAAAUACAUAGCAUGUGUAAAUUGUGUAUUUUCUUAUUUUUAAUUUUUAUAAAGUGAAAUAUUUAAAUAUACUGACUUACUAUGGAAGAUAUUUCCGAUGUGCUGAAUAAAAAAGAAGCCUCAGACAGAGCAUCACAACUCAGCGUGACUGUAUCCAAGAUAUUAGAACCUGAAAUUGAUUUAGGUACAUUACUUUGUUUUGAUUCAAAUGAUUUUGACACCAAACAACUCAGGUAAUAAAAAUUAUUUCAUCUUACAUAGGUACAUUUUAUAAUAUAAUAUUUCAAUUAAUAUAGGUCAGAUCAAGAAGCAUAUUUAACAGAUGAAACUAGAAAUAAUGUACAGUUAAUAAUUAACCAAUUAUUUGAAUUGCCUAUGAAAAAUGAAGAUGGAUACAUGUAUGUAGAUUUACCAGAACCCAGGUACAAUUUACCUCGUGAAAAACCGUUACCAGCGCCUAAAGCACUGACUAAAUGGCAGAAAUUUGCUAUUGAAAAAGGAAUUAAGAAAACACCCAAACCUAAAUCAACAUGGGACGAUAUUUUACAGGUACUUGUUUUUACUUAAUAGAAACUCUUUAUAACCACAGUGAAAAGAUUAGUAACAUUUGUUUGCAUUAGCUAUUUGAUACUUAAUAAGUAUAAACUGAUUUGUUUCUUAUAAUUAUAUGUAUAUAUAUUUUUUUUUAAUAAAGUCAGACCAAAAAUACCCGUUUAAAGUCCAGCUUUUGGGAUAAAAAAAAGUCAAAGUAUCCAAAAACUCUGAAAAUAUUUAUUAUCCGUACAAUUUCUUGCGAUUUAAGUUAUCUUAAUAGUAUAAUAUAUUAUAGUUGUCUCAUUCUAUUAGAAAUGGAUACCGACUUAUGGUUACAAAAAAGCUGCUGCAGAAAAAGAUAAGGAUUGGAUUUUGGAAGUACCUGGAAAUGCUGCAGAUCCAAAUGUUGAUUUGUUUGCUCAAAAGAGAGAAGCAAAAAAAGAACGUGUAGCUAAAAAUGAAUACCAAAGAUUACGUAAUAUAGCUGCUACACGUAAGAUAAAAGUGCCCUCUGUUGGAUUGCCACCUUUGGAAGGAACAUUGCACUCGAAUCAGGUAAUUUUUAAAGAACUUAUUAUAUGAUUAAGAUAUUUUUUCCACAUUAUUUACAAUUUGAUUGACUAUAUACUUAUUGAAUAAUAUUUAUAGUUAAAAACUGCUGUGGAUGUUGCAAAAAUUUCAACUGCUUCAGUUGGUAAAUUCCAGCCUAAGUUAAGCAAAGAAGUUGUGUCAGUUAAAAAAAAUAUACCUGGAUUGAAAAAAGAAAAACUUCCAGCUAAGGUAUUAUUAUUAAUUAAUGAUUAUGAUAGUAUAAUUAUACAAAUAAAUUUCAAAUUUUAUACAAUAGAUUUCAUUCAAUAAUCCUAUAGUCAUAAAAUAUUCAAAACCAAAUAAACACGAUAAUUGCUUUAAGGAAACAUAAAAUUGUCUACUUAGUAUAUUUAAAAAUUAUUUUUAGAUGAUAUUAAUUGCUCAUUUUUUGUAUACCACAUCAAUAAGAUGUUUAACUUGUUGGAUACAAAGUUGUUGUUGCAUGGUUCUGUCUAUUUUAUUUAAUCUAAUGGUAUUAUUAUCUAAGAGUUAAAUAAAUAAUUUAAUUAGGUUUAACAAAAAUUUAAAUAUUUUAAAGUUCUUCUAAAGGGAUCUAAAUAGCUUAGAUUUUCUCGAAUAUCUUGAUCUUCGUGGGUCAUUUAGUGACACUCUAGUUAACUAUAUCCCCAUGGCUAAUUUAGAUCUUCGUGUGCGGCCAUUAAGAUCCUUUAGACCUAAAUGACACAAAAAAGAAAUAAAUGUUAGACGAUCUAAAUGUUUACUAAAUGAUAAUUUUCCGGCUAUCAUAUUUGUUUAAACAAAUUUAUAUAGAAAAGCUACAUUCAAUUUAAUUUUAUUCCUGUAUUUUACACUCGGCUGAACAUCUGCAAUAUUAUUUUUUAAAUUUGUAUUAUGUUCUGUUGGUUUACCUUAUCAAAUAUCAAAGUUAAGGAGACACAUAUGCAGUAGCGACACACCCUUUUAAGAUGUUAGCCACAUGAUUGUUGAACAUAAAUAAUAGCUAUGGCUUUUUAUAUAUAUUGUAUAUAACCUGUUAAUAAUAUACUAUACAGUAUAUAAUUUUAGCAUACCCAAAGGAAUAUAGUUUAAAUUUACACAAUAAACUGAUAAUAAUAUUGAUUUCAUAGUGUAAAUUGAAGAAAUAUUCAAUCAUUUUUUCUAUAACUCCUUCUAGUUACUUGUAUCCACACUCAAUAUCAGUUCCCCCAUUUCCUUUUUUAAGCAUAAUAUAUUUAUAAAUAUCCCUAUGAUUAGAACACAUCAAAUAACAAGGGUUUUUCUUUUCCAUGAGUUAUUAUCAUACAAUAAUAUUGUGGACUGUGAUUAUUACUUAUAAACAGGACUUGGAUUUUAUAACACUGACAAACUUAUAAUAUUAGCUAUAACCUAAUAAAUCUUAAAAUAUAUCAAAAACACAGAAAAUAGCAAAAAGAAAAUUCCAAUUUUUUUAUAAUUUGUAAUAUUCUUUUAAAUAUAUAAAUACAAUUGAUAUGAAAUCAUAAAUAAAUCUAUCAAAUGUUCAAUAAGUCUGCUUCACUGAACUACUUAAAAAUAGAUUAUAACAUGAAAUAAAAUUAUUCAUUAAAGUCAUAUGCUUCAUAUUUCACAAAAUGUAUUUUUAUUUGUGUAUUUAUACAAUACUAUUAUUUAUAGAAUGAGGUUAUUUUCCUUUCGUGCCAUGGCAUCAAGGAUUUCAUCAGCAUUAAUAUCGACUUUUUUAUGGAGUGCUAAUAAUGUUAAUCCAUUAAGUCGGUUCUAUAAAUUAAAUAAAAUUAAGUCAAAUAAUGUCAUAAAAUUUAUCAUUUUACCUCUUACUUCAUUCAUUGUAUUUCUUAGAUAAAUUUAAGUCUUUUCAUGAAUGAGAAUGUUCAUUUAGGAGUUGAUGUAGCCACUGGUAUAGUGCAUUAUAUUUAUAAAAAAACUACAAAUAUUGGGGAAAAUAAAUUCACUACAUAAACGCAAAGCAUCUAAAGCUGUUUUGGAAAAUGUAUUAUUUAAUUUAAGUUUUGACUGCCAUAUUUGCAAAUCAGUAGUAAUAAUUUGGACAUCGAUGUCCAGAUAAAAUUUAACAAGUUUUUCGAAUGGUUUAUAUUAAAUAUCAUAAGAAAAUAAACAUUGAAAACCUAAACGAACAACAUAUAUUAAGACAAAUUUUACUUCCAUAAAUAUCUAUUUUAAUUUUAAAAUAUACUUAAAAUGAUUAACGAUUAAACGAUUUAUGAGUCAAAAAUUAUUUAUCAAUUACCACUAAAAUACUAAAUAUCAGUUAUUCUAAAACAAAAAAAGUAAUAAAACAAUACGCCAUUAACUACCCAUUAUUUAGCACUAAAAAAAAAAAAAAAAGGCUAUAUGGAGGAUAUAUCUCCCCCUGUGAAUAUGUACAUGGUUCACCCACCUAUAAUUAUUUAAAUAAAUAAAUUUAUAUACUAAAAUUAUUGAAUAGAACAAGUUAUUUCAGUUGUUAGUUCAUCGUGGGACAUUCUGUAUAUGUCUGAUUUAAGACUGAUAGCACUUAAAAAUCAACAAAAAAGUUUUUAAAAAAUAAUAAAAAUUACUUAACCUACUUUUUUUUUAAACAAAUACUGAUCAAAAAUAAGUAAUUUCAAAUAUUAUGCAAACUCGUGAAUCAUUUUUUGAACUAUACCCUUGGGAUUUUUAUAACUCAGGGGCACAUCAGGAUGUGACAAGUAAACAAAAAUAUACUACUAUGAUUUGGAUAAUAUAAUACUAAACUGAAAUUAUUUGAAAAUCUUAGUGGUAUAAAAAUCUGGGAUUUCGUCAGUGGUUUACAUAAUUAUAAAGUAAUAAUAAAAAACAUUUUAUAUUUUUCAAAGCAUUUUUUUAUUUUAGUAAACUAUAGAAUAAGCAAAAAAAGUCUUUCAAAUUCCAUAAUUGAACUCUAACACGACAUACAAUUUUUAAUGGCUGCUAGAUUUAAUGUCAAGCCAAAAAAAUAAUAAGAAAAUUGUAUAAGUUUCCAAACCCUGAUUGUGACUAUUAUCAUUGAAAACUGUAUUAGUUUAGUUACAUGUGAACUUAAAGAAAAUAUAUAAUAUACUCUUUAUUUAUGAAUUUUUGUUUAGAGUAUGAAAGAAGAAAAAACAACAAGUCUUCAAAUAAUAGAUUCAAUUAAUAACAAAAAACCUAAAUUUAAUUUAGAAAAAGCUGCAAAUAAAGCUAUUCAUGCUGAAGAAGUCCAGUAAGUUCAAUAUUAGUAAAGAAUAAUUAUUAAAACUACUUUUUAUAUAAUAUAUUUUUGUCUAUGUUAUUAGGAGAUUUAGAGAGAAAAAAGAAGGAGGUGAUAAAAAGAAAGGAGGAGGGCGUUCACGUAGCAAGGGAUCAUUUAAAAGACCUACUGCAAAUACUGGCAAGCGUUUAGGAAAACAAAAGGGUGGUCGUAAACGUAGAUAAUUUCUUAAGUAUAUUUUAUUUUUGUUAAUGUUAAAAGUAAUCAAUAAAAUAAAAUUUGAAUAUUGGUUAACAACUUAUUUUUCAUUUUGAAUUGAAUACAUUAACAUGGAAUUAGUAUUUAUAAAUAAUUUAAUUAUAUACAGCAUCUAAGAAAGAAUUCUGUAUUCCGAAAAAUAAUAUAUUACAUGCAAGAGGGUAU